CACCAUGGAACUCUGUGCAGAAAUGGUUCACAGGCCUGGUUAACACUUUAAUGAUGGACACAGCUAGAGCUGUCAUGGGAAACUUAGCCUUCAUGACGAGUCAUGACAUGUUUACUUGUCAGGAUUAGCUUUACAUAGCAAUUGACCUUCCAGAAAUGCUAGAUAGUUGGCAGUAGUUGCCAGAAUGAGUACCAUACAGAAAAUUCUAGCACCUUUAAGGCAUUGAUGUAAGGUAGGCACCAAAUGCCAUGGUAAAGUUUGCUGAGGCUGAGAAACGAGGUCGAGGAGGGGAGGGGGGUGACCGACGGUACCCCCCUGUGGUGUUGCUAGAAAGACCAAAGAUGAGUCGUGCGAUGUGGGAAUCCUUGAAAGCUCAUAUCAUCAGAGACCGCAAGAGGAAGAAAGAAGAACAAGAAGCAGAUGCAGAAGAAGAAAGACUCCGUAAAGAGCGUGAGAACAGAAAAAAGCAACAUGCCAUGACAUUGGAGGAGACUAGAGACACAAUUGUGAAGAUGGAACAAGGUCUUACUGACUUGAAAAACCAAAAGCAUCAACUGUUUCAGGACCUAAAGGUUGUCUUGAAUGAGGAUGCAACCAGAAAGCGUGCUCAGCAACAACAGAAUUAUUUAAAAGAGAGCGAGAUGAUGGUACCCCCAUACCCCCAUGGAAUUCCGAUGACUGGCCAUCCUCAGAUGUUGUUCCAAUCAAAUCUUGUGCCUGGCCGAAGCACAUUACCGCUUCACGCAUACAAAGUACCACAGGCACAACCUCAACCACUCAUUCCUCCUGGUUCCAUGAAGAGAUCACGCACACCGUCUCCUCCCCCACAGCCAGGUUACCAGCAGAUCCCUUACAAUUUCAAGAACCUGUCUGGGCAUCCCCCACCAAGUGUACCGGUCUCUUUGCCCACUACCAAAGCUGGAACGGCAAGCAGUGUAUACGUGACAGGUCAAGCGCCUUACUAUCACGGGUCAUCUCAGGCCCACAGCAGCUCAAGCCAAUACCAGGCAUCUUCCCAGACUGCAGCAUACCUACCGUCCGCCACUCCCCUCACAAACACCCCUGUCCCCUCGCAACCCACACCUCCCCCUUCUCGAGAUGAUAAGCACCUGCAGCCAGUCUAUAUGCAGAGCAGCAGAGCGACCCACGUGUCUGCCCUCCACCAGCCGUUAGACCACAAGGGUAAGCCAACUGGGGGAGCUUUCCUUCCCCCAGGGGAAGGAGCACAGGAAAAGUACUUCCAGCCCACUGUUAGAUCACAUCUCCCUCUGCAUUCGGGGGUGUUGCCAGUCCAGCAGCCACAUCCAGGGGGUGGGAAAGGAGGCAGCACUCAGGCUUCCCCAGUCCGCACUGCUCCACCCUCUUCCCAGCCCCCCUCACCUGUGGUGAGCUCCGCACCCCAUGCCAGCAAGCCUGAUACUAAGCCAAGAUCGUAUAGUAACCAGCAUCCAAACUACACCCGUUCGUUCUACUGAGACAUCAUUCAGUGUGAUGAAGUCUGCAGAAAAUGUUCAAAGGGAUAUAAAUACUAGCAAAAGGCAUGUGUGUGUCCUCAAGCAACAGAAUUUUUGUCAUUAGGGAUAUCAGUUACUCAAUAUUUUGUCUCUUUUGCUGAUAUCAGUAACUACAAAAAAUACCAAGUUUCCAAUUUUGAAAGUAGCAUUUACCAUAUCCAUUUAUGUUAUUUCACUUGGAAUGUAUCAGUACUUAUGAUCAUGUAUAUUUCCUCAGUGAAGGUUUUCUGCAAGAUAGAUAUAUAUAUUACUAUGACAUAGCAGUAUUUUUUUCUUUUCUUUUCUCUUAUUGGUAAAGGGUUACUGAAUAUAACCUAUAGAGGUUGACACUUGGCCUGAGUUCUUCUAGAGUCAACAGAGAAAGAGACGUCCAUGUACUGUGCAGAUGAUGAUUUGUUAGGUGUAAGUGGAAUCGAAACAGCAGGAAUUUUAUUUUACUGAGGCAUCACUAAAAUCUUUGUAUUCUAUUUAGGAAAGAUACCAGUUUAUGAUUGAAACAAUUUUUAAUAAAACAAAUAUUUUAAAGUAAGUUGAGAAUUGAA